ACCACCAUGUACAAUGGCGUCGUUAGAAAACUUAUAUCAAAUGGCAGGUGUUCAUCCUGGAGAGAAUGUUACGGGAGAAGAUAUUCAGGCUUACUUUCGGAACAGACGAAAUCAAGGUAACCGCAUUGAACACGACGGUAAUAACACAUCAACAGGACUGCGCAGUGAAGUGCCUAGGAAUGGUGGACAACGUUCUAAGUGUGAUAGCCUUGGUAUUUUGAUAGGUAAACCCAAGUACAGACAAUAUUGUACCAUUGAUUCACGAAUUAAAUCAUUUGAAAAGUGGCCUAAAGGCAAAACACAAGAUAUAAAGCAACUUGCAGAAGCUGGGUUUGCAUAUACAGGCGUAGAUGACUCUGUAAGAUGUUUUUAUUGUAGCAUAGGACUUAGAGACUGGCCGAAUGGAGCUUGUCCAUGGGAACAACACAUUUUAGCCAGUGAGGAAUGCGGUCAUGUGAUUCAAUGCAGAGGAAAAGCAUAUGUUAGAAAAAUUCUAGGAGAAAGCGACCAAGAUUCUGAUGUUGAGGUUGAUGAUUCGAAUGAGUUCGUGGACACUGUAAAAGAAGCUAUGCAUAGAAAUCAGGAGGCUGUUUUUGCAGCAAGAGAGUAUUGUGAAAAUGAAGAACUCUUAAGAAGAGCAGUUAAAUCAUUGAUAAAGAAUAAUAUACAGAAGGAAAAUAUACAGAAACAAAUUUCAGCUGUUGAACUCGUGAAAGCAAUACAAGAAAUCGAAGAGAGAAACAUAGAACAGACAGACACAACUAAACAAGUUCCUGAAAACAAAAAGCCAGACAAUAUUGAAACAGAUGGAGAAGCUUCGGAAUCUGAAGAAGAAGCUUCGGAAUCUGAAGAAGAUAUCGAAGAGACUAACAGAAAACUUAAAGAUCCAGUAACUUGUAAAAUAUGUUUUAAUGCAAUUGCUUGUAUUAUUACACUGCCAUGUGGUCACAUGGUCUGUUGCUCACAGUGUAUCCCAGCUUUGACUAAAUGCGCAGUUUGCAGGGCGCAAAUAAAAGGGACCGUUCGAGCUCUGAUGGCCGUUUAAAUAUGAUAAUGAUAUAUUCGAUUAUUCGAAAGAAAGGUUUAAAAUAUUGUCAACAAAUAUAUACAUUUUAAAAAGUUCCUUAACCGAGAA